AUGGCUACUGCUGACGGAGGCGCGUACAGUUACUCUCUCACCGUCUUCUCCCCAAGCGGGAAGCUGGUACAGAUUGAGCAUGCCUUGGCUGCCGUGUCUCAAGGCACGACAAGCUUGGGCAUUAAGGCAUCUAAUGGCAUAGUGAUCGCAACCGAGAAGAAAUCCUCGUCCAUCCUCAUUGAUGAUUCCAUGCUCGACAAGGUCGCUGUCAUCUGUCCCAAUAUCGGUAUCGUCUACUCGGGAAUGGGCCCAGACUUCAGAGUACUCGUCGCCAAAGCCCGCAAAAGCGCUCAGUCAUACUGGAAGAUCUAUGGAGAAUACCCUCCGACGCGAGUCCUCACUCAGGAAAUUGCAACAGUCAUGCAGCAGGCGACGCAAUCAGGUGGUGUCCGGCCUUAUGGGGUUUCUUUGCUCGUUGCCGGUUUCGAUACGAACCGAGGUCCAACUCUAUACCAGGUUGAUCCAUCAGGAUCCUUUUGGGCCUGGAAGGCCAGCGCGAUAGGAAAGAAUAUGACCAACGCAAAGACGUUUUUGGAGAAGCGGUACAACGAUGAUAUCAGUCUGGAAGACGCUAUCCACACCGCUCUGUUGACGCUGAAGGAGGGCUUCGAGGGGGAGAUGACAGAGAAGACGAUAGAGAUAGGGGUAGUAACGGUGCCAACCCCUGCUGAACUGGAAGCUGCAAGAGUGGGUGCGGCUAUAGGACGACCAAAACCCACCUUCCGAAAGUUGUCGGAGGAGGAGGUACGGGAUUAUUUGGCGCUUUAG